ACAACACCACAAGCCCACUUCUCUCUUCUUCUGCCCUAAACCUUGAAGUUUUUGAGUUUUCUCGCUUUUUCUAUACACAACACGUCAAUGGCCAGCACCAAUAUUGUGCUAGCUUCUGCACAGCAACCUAUUAAGGCUGAGCUGAGAGUGUUAACCAUGCCAGACGAGCAGAUCAUGAAUCACAUUUAUGUAACCCAUGUUCAUGCUGACGACGACAACUUUGAUGAGGAUUCUCUUUUUGCUAUCGUGGAAAACAUUCUCAAGCAUGCCACGGUUGUUGCUGACAAUGUUAUGCUGGGUACCCACGGACACCCGGAGAACAUUCAUGAAAAGGCUCCUAAAGUUGGCUUCACUCCACCGCUGUGUACGCUCAGGCAUCUUUCCUCCCUGAUGACAUGCAAAUCUCCGGGUGAGGAAUUUGCACAUAAAACAACACUGUCAAUACUUAAUAAUCUCUCAAAUUACUCAUGGGAUUCAAAGGCAGUGUUGACACUUGCGGCUUUUGCUAUGGAGUAUGGGGAUUUCUGGCUCCUUACCCAACUGCACUCAUCGGACCAACUUGCCAAACCAAUUGGGAUCUUGAAGCGAGUACCUACCAUCUUAAGCCGUCCAGGCCUUCAGAAACACAAGAAAGCGAUGCUUGAACUUAACAACUUGGUCAAGGUCACAUUAGAAGUCAUUCAAUGCUUGUUUGAGUUGGAGAAGCUAUCCAUCUAUGGUACAAAAGAUGUACCAGAACUGUCAAUAGCCAUGGACCGUAUCCCAAUAGAUGUCUAUUGGGCUAUCAUAACUAUCGCAGCUUGUAUGACUCAAAUGUGUUGCAUCAUUAAUGAUGAGGAUAGGACACAGGAUCUAUCACCCUUUGCUCAAAAAAUCAACUACACCCUAAACCUGUUAAGGAUGCAGAUAACACGUUGUCGUCAACAAAUAGAGAUAAUAGAGGCAUAUCGAAAACUCUCCAAACUUUUACAAACCCCAACCGAGAUCAUGGAGGUGUUCAAGGCACUGAUUUUUGGCAAAGAUAAUGUGCAGCCGCUCAUUGAUGGUUCCACUAACAGAGUGGUUAAUAUCGACGUGCUGAAAAAGAAGAAUGUUUUGUUUUACAUUUCGACCCUAGACAUCACCAUUGAUGAUAUUUUGAUUCUCAAGCCAAUUUAUGAUGGAAUAAGAAAGGAAGAUCAGUAUAAAGUUGUGUGGAUCCCAAUUGUGGAGCAAUGGACUGAUGAACUACGAAAGAAGUUUGAGAUGCUGCGGUCUAAGAUGCCAUGGUACGUAGUGAAGUACUUUUCACCAGUAGUAGGCAUCAAGUUCAUUAAAGAGGAUUGGAACUUCAAAAAUAAGCCAAUCCUCGUGGUGAUGAAUCGACAAGGGAAGGUGGAACACCCAAAUGCACUCCACAUGAUCCGAGUAUGGGGAAUGAAGGCCUUUCCUUUCACUACUACUGUUGAAGAAACUCUUACCAAUAGAGUUGAUGGGAUAGUAUCAGUAUGGUUUGACAUUCACCAAGAUGUUUCAAAUUGGAUCAAACAAGAGAAGUACAUUUUCUUCUAUGGAGGCAAGGACAACGAAUGGAUCCAACAAUUUAACAAGAAAGCAGCUACCUUGGCUAAUGACCCAGUCAUGAAGGAUACAAAGAUUUCCAUUGAGUUGUUCUGCGUGGGCAAAGGCAAUAAAGGGGAGGAUGAACCCAACAUCUUAGGGAAUUUCUGGAACCGCAUAGAGAGCUUUUUCUUCUCCAAGACUCACAAGAAUACUGAACAAGACAUUGUAACUCAGGAAAUCCAAAAGUUGCUUUCAUACAAGACUGAAAGUGGAUGGGCUGUGCUGAGCAAAGGGUCUAGAUUGGUGGUUAGUGGUAAUGGGACAACAAUGUUGAAGGUCUUGGAGGAAUUUGACAAAAAGAAGGAGCUAGUGCGUGAGGUUGGCUUUGAAAUUUGUUUCAAGGAUCACUACGAGAAGAUUAUUCAAACAGGUCGCCAUUGUUGCCGUGUUGACAUCCCCAUGAAUGCUGGAAAGUACCCAGAGCAUAUUAAAUGCCCUGAGUGUCCUCGUAUCAUGGAGACUUAUAUCAGCUAUAAGUGUUGCCACAUUGAUGGUCCUAUGAAUGCACUGCACUAAAUGGAAACCUCUCUCUCUCUCUCUCUCUCUCUCUCAUAUUAUUAUCUCUACCAAAUAAUUAUGUGGGUAAGUUUGUUAUGAGUACCACUUGUGUGAUGUAUGUGAAGUGUAAGAGUAAUUCUACAAUAAGGGAAUCUUGAUUACGAUGGUAAUCUGAUGCCCAUGUUAAGAAAAUUAUCUAUGUAAUCGUUUGACGUUCAUGAUGCAAUUGGAGGGUGUAUUUAAGUAUUUA